CAGAGUUUGACGGUGUUGAAUGAUUUCCAAGGUUUGAGAAUGGCAUGUGUGUCCAGCCUGGCAGCCCAGGUACCUCAGCACUGGCACCACUGCAAAAGUGGACCGCUCUUCUCUGAUCAGUACACUUUCCAAUCCCGGCACGGAUACACGUCCUGAAUACAGGCUAAUCUCCAUAAAAUAUCCCUGCUCUUCGACUAAAAAUGGCUGACACCGCCGCCUCGCCUGUUGGUGCCGACACGCCUUCCGGCAAAUGUGCUAUUUGCAGCAAGACCACAGACCUCAAACGCUGUUCCAAAUGCCACAUCAUUCAAUACUGUUCCCGACAAUGCCAGGCCGCGGACUGGAAACAGCACAAGAAGCCAUGCAACAAGAAUAACGCGGCAAAUGGAGCCAACUCUGGGCUUCCCAACCAUCCUGGUAUGACUAUCACCACUGGCACCAGCAGACAUUCCGGGAGCGCAGCCAUUGAUAAACCUUUCACCGCGCUCCACGAAAAGAGAUGGCUGCACAACCGCCCCCAACACGAAGUCUAUGCCCUGCUUAUCGAUGUCUACCGUCUGCGGAUGGAGGACGAUUACACGUUCCUCGGCGACGCAGACAUAGACAGCAUCUACGGCGGGGCUCCAAACGGCUAUGCGGGCUUUCGGCGUUUCCUCAAGCGGGUGACCCGUAAGCCUGGCUUGCUGCCGGACUGGUGGACACCCCAGAAGGCUACUGAAUGUGAAAUCUAUGGACGACGCGGGGGCUGGAGCAGUGUGAAUUGUGCAGUCGAAAAGAGCGACAUCAUCGAGCAUUACGGAAAUGCCUUGAUGCCGAUGCAAUUGAGGAUGUUUGGCGAGCAAGUCUACGGUACAGGACCUUGGGGCCAAAGCGGUGAACAGAUGUUGGCGUCGCAGAUGGUGGCAGAGAGAGGGGAGGCGAUGGCUGGCACCAUCGAUAUGACCAGACUAUUCCGCUAACCAUGAUACCGUGCUGCGUCUGGCCACAUCCCCAGACAGACAGACGAGUCACGCAUUGGGCAGGCACCAAGGCAUUGGAUACCAGGCUUAUGAUUCGACAAUGAUUUCGGUUCGGCGUUUUUGCCAGUGAAUGGACAAUGUCAGAGUAUCAAAAUGUAACGGAAUCGAUGACAAUAUAGAACAGGCGCAGUUUUCGAGAUACCCCAAAGCUUGCAAUGAUUUGAUACUGCAAGGUGUUACAGUACUGGUCAAUAGAAGUCAUGUACUGGUACACAGCUAGCCAGAUGAGACAUUGCUCAUAGAAUGCAAUGCAAGGCUUCCACUUAUCCAGAUAUCUUUGAUUCCACAGGUGUGUGUGAGAGUCUCGACACGCGCAAUGCAAAAUACAAGUCGAGUAAGAGGAGAUAUAAAGAAUUACAAUGUUGUAUGUACGACACUUAUUCGAAUAAAUAAUAAUCCAUCG